AUGCUGUGCUUUCUGAAGGGGAUGGCCUUCGUCCCCUUCCUCCUGGUGACCUGGUCGUCCGCCGCCUUCAUCAUCUCCUACGUGGUGGCUGUGCUCUCCGGGCACGUCAACCCCUUUCUCCCCUACAUCAGUGAUACAGGAACAACGCCUCCAGAGAGUGGUAUUUUUGGAUUCAUGAUAAACUUCUCUGCAUUUCUUGGUGCAGCCACGAUGUACACRAGAUAUAAAAUAGUAGAGAAGCAAAAUCAAACCAGCUAUUUCGGCACUCCUGUUUUUAACUUGGUGUCCUUAGUUCUUGGAUUGGUGGGAUGUAUCGGAAUGGGCAUUGUAGCAAAUUUUCAGGAGUUAGCUGUGCCCGUGGUCCACGACGGGGGCGCCCUUCUGGCUUUUGUCUGCGGUGUGGURUAUACGCUCCUGCAAUCCAUCAUCUCUUACAAAUCGUGUCCACAGUGGAACAGCCUCUUGACGUGCCACAUACGCAUGGCCAUCUCUGCUGUUUCCUGUGCAGCUGUUGUUCCUAUGAUUGCCUGUGCUUCACUAAUUUCUAUAACCAAACUGGAGUGGAAUCCAAAAGAAAAGGAUUAUGUGUACCAUGUAGUGAGCGCAAUCUGUGAAUGGACCGUGGCCUUUGGUUUUAUUUUCUACUUCCUAACAUUCAUCCARGAUUUUCAGAGUGUUACUUUAAGGAUAUCCACAGAAAUCGAUGGUGAUAUUUGA